AUGGCGUCCCGGCUGGUGCGCUGCGGCCUGGUACUGCUGACUUGGCACCUGGGCUUGCGCACCUUCGCGGCCUUUGGGCCCUCUGGGCCCUUUGGCAGCGACUCGCGCGCGAGUUCUCGGAUUUCCCGGAGGGCAGACGCGUCGGUGAAGACGGGAGAAGUGGUCACGUGGGUCAACAUCACGCGGAGGAUCAGGCAAGCAGAGAAGGCCUCACAAGUGCUCAAAGUGAUGCACAAGGAGGCCCAGAACCCGAAGAUGAGCCUGGUCAGCGUGUCUGCGGCAUGGUGUCGUUUGGCCAGGUUGCCGCGGCGGACUCUCACCACGAAAGCGCUCAGGGACCCAUCCAUGAAUGAGUUUCUCAGUCUGAGCGGGUCAUUGUUGAAGGAGCCGGCUGGAUACGCGCGGCAGACCUCCAGCAUCUUUUGGGCCGCCGGGAAGCUGCAGAGCCGCAUGCGUUCGGAGCUGGAGCCGCUGUGGCCAGACUUGGCCCAGGCCGUGGCGAAGGUCGGGGAGGAGUUGGAUGCCCAAGGCGUGGCCAACGUCGUCUACACCGUCGCGGUGCUCCCCACGGCCGCCUUCGAAAGCGUGGCGGGCGUGCUGCUGAGGCUGGCGGAGAGGAUCCCGGCGGUGCUGCCGGAGAUGAACUCGCAAGAGGCGGCCAACCUGAUGUGGGCAAUAGGCCAGCUGUCGCGGAGCUCACGUCAGAAUGCUGUGCCGCAAGGUCUGCGGGAGGUGGUCCCCGCGCUGGUGGCCCGCUGCGGCCUGCUGCUGCCCCAGGCCUUGCCCCAGGCGCUGGCCAACGCCUGCUGGGGCCUGGCGCUGGUGGGCCACGCGGACCCGGACUUCUUGGCCGCCGCGGCCAAGAAGGUGGAGGAUGAAGCCGACAGCUGGAAGCCCGCGGGCGCCUUGCUGGACCUGCCGUCCGUCCUUUGCGCCUUUGCCCGGCUCAAGGCCACUGGCCACGAGGGGAUGCUGCAGGCCGCGGCCAAGAAGCUGCAGCCCAGGCUGGGCCAGCUCAACGACUGGGGGAUCAGUGCGAUGGCCUGGUCGUACCAGCAGCUGGACCCCGAGGACGAGUUGUUUUUCCGGGCCACCCUGGACGCGGAGCUGACGUCCCGCGGCUUGGGGACGAACUUGGCUCGUAGCCGCCAUGGGCCCGAGCAGUGGCCGAAGGCCAAGCGCCAGGAGACGGACGCCGCCAAGACGCAGAUUGCGACGAAGAAGGAGGAGAAGACCGCGGCGGACGAGGAGCGGGCGCAGACCAAGCAGGCAAUCAAAGAUGCACGCAGCUCCAUGGGUGACGACAUCGCGUUUGCCAAGGAGGUCAAGGAGAAGUGCGGUGCGAAGGCCAAGGAGUGGGAGAAGCGCCAAAAGACCCGGUCCUCCGAGACAGAGGCGGUGGCCAAGGCCAUCGAGGUGCUUAGCGAUGACGACGCGCAUGAGGUCUUCGGCAAGACUUUCUCCUUCCUCCAGGUCUCCGAGGUGAACGCGCGCCGCGAGCGCGCGGCCGCGGCGCUGGAGAAGGCGGGGCGCAGAGACCAGCGACUACAGACCUUGGCCCUGGAGACGAAGCUCGAUGGCUUUACCAUCGUCAAGGAGAAGAUCGACGCCAUGGUGGGCGCCCUCAAAGAGGAGCAGUCCGCCGAGGUGAAGAAGAAGGACUACUGCCUCAGCGAGCUCCAGAAGAACAAGCCAACUGGAAAGACAUGA